GUGAGCCAGUGUUCAAGUUCCGCACCGCUGACAAGGCCUGGCCUUGCGAGGCCGGGACCUGGAACCACCGCGCAGAAGCGGUAUACCGGGCUGCUGCAGAAAACUCAGAGCAUGAGAACGUCAAGCCUGUGCUGGCCAGGGGACUCAAAGCCGUCAAGUUUGUCCAUUGGCGCAUCCCUCCCAAAGUAUGGCAACGAUUUAUCCACACGCACAAUAGCUUUCACCAAGGCUCUGGUGCAAACUUCAUUGAUCAUUUGGAGGAAUCAGUGGCCAUCGAAUCGGAAUGGGAACUGGAGACGUCCAAGUCCGGGCUUCACUCGGCUAACCCUCGCUACAAGACUGCCUACAAAGACUUCCUGCUCGCGAAAAGCAUGUAUUUUCACGAUUGGGAUUCCUACCGGAAGGCCCUGUCGCUCAUGCACAUGCUCCAGAAGAGAUUCAAAGUAUGGACCCCCUGCCACCAGUUUUGGUGUGCACACGUUGAUUUUCUCGGAGAGAUGGACCCAUCCGCCGUUAUCAGCUGUAUGCACCAGUUGGCCGUGCUUAUCACUGGGAACAUGUGCAAAUUCUACAGCAACUCCCAAGUUCCUAAGGCUGCCGGAAAGGCAAGCAGUGAACGGCUGCCAGGAUGGACUUUUCAACGUUGGGAUCAGGAUAGUGCCAAGAUGAAUCUGAUCAAUCUCCCGAUGGGCGAGUCUGUGGUUGCUCGAAAGCUGUCUGCGCAAAACGGUGAGCAGGAUUGCAAGAACAACGGCAAGCGAGCCCAAGUCUGUGGAGACGUUCGCGAGGAGUUGGCUGGCUUGGGUGUACGUGACAAGAAGGCUCGUGUAGAGUGUCAGGGGGACGGCGGAAAUUCUUCCGCGGCCCAGCCAGCAUCAGAAGACCCGCAGAUUUCAUUGUUGGACGCCGCUGAAGGAUUUUCUGUGAAUGGAUGCUGGGAUUGA